AGUAUUGUAGCGACUCUGGUCCCGGCAAGCAGCUCUCUUCCUAGCCAGUAGCAGCUCCUCUCAGCCAGUUCCCGGUUCAAGAGAAGCGUCGCCGACACAGCCGGCUAACCACUGUUUCACCUCACACCAAUUAACAAAUCACUCUCCAACCGUUUUCAGAAUGGUGACGUCAGCAGUGCUGGGAGCAGCGACCGGCACAGGGCUGGCCCUGGUGGUGGCGAUGACCAUCGUGGUGUACCGGUACUACGCGGCCCGCCGCUACGGCAAGGACUGGGAGUACUGCGACUCGUGGGCCACUCCGGUCAGCCACUACAAGCACAAGCCAAGGCCACGGCCGGCCACCCACGCCACCGGCUACUCUGUGUCGCCACACACGAGUCAUACCAUGACCCACUACAAGAUGCUUGGCUACCCACCAGUCAGGACCCGCUUUAUGGCCAACAGCUGUCAGAUAGUGUCAUCUUCCAUAGAAUUAAGAAAAAAAAUUGAAGAGAUGAGUAAACCACAGAGUCCAGCGGGUAUUUGGGCAACACACAACCGGAUAGAAACAUGGGCCAAAAUGGCAAAGCUUCGAGCCACUGCUUCUGUUUCAGGAGCAACUGCGGUGUUCAAUGUGAGCCAAGAGCAACGAAACGUGCAGCCGCCUUCGAGCAGUCCCCCUGCCGCCUCCCACCCCAACCAGCACAUGCCUCAGCCGCCGUCCACCGCCCCCACUGGAGCCGCACCCGCCCCUGCCCACCACGACCCCCAUGCCCACCUCACCCACCAGUCGCGCUCCUACCCACUGCCCACCAGCCCCCGCACCCUCUCCAUGUCCUCGCAGAGCAGCCUUGAUAGCGCCGUCUCCAAACAGAGCUCGCACCGCGGCUCGCUGUCGCCGCAGAUCCGCAUGCUGGGCAGUCAGAGCCAGUGCGAACCGCCGCGUUCGCCGUCACCCGGGCCCUGCCUUGUGGGGGGCCACAACCUGGAGCGCACGCCAUCGCCAAGCCAGAGUUCCCUGACCAGCGCGGGAAGCGGCAGUGACCGCAGCGGAGUCCGGCUCCACGCGUUGUCGCCGCUGCUGCUGCCGCCCCGCGGCUCCACCCCCGCGUGCGGCGAGGCUCCACCCUCCUCGCCACUCGGCGCCCUGCAGCCCGACCUCUAUCAGCCGCGCGACGUGCCGCUCUUCCUCAAGAGCGCCAACCGCUCCGGUCCGUCGCUCGGCCGCCUCCAUCUCCGCCUCGACUACGACUUCGAUCGCUCUGAUCUGCAUGUGCAUCUCAUCGAAGCGCAUGAAUUGGCUGGAAGUGGUGAGGGUGGCUUCAACGACCCCUAUGUGCGCCUCACCAUGAGUCCUGAGGUAGACAACCGCAAGAGACAAACCAACAUCCACCGCAACGACCCCAACCCCUUCUUCGACCAGCACUUCAAGUUCCCUGUCUCUCAUGAGGAUCUCCACGACAAAACACUCAUCUUGCAGGUGAUGAUUAUAUUACAGCCUCCUGAGGAGACACAAGAGAUACUUCUCUCAUUGAGCUACCUACCAUCCGCCGAAAGACUUACAGUCGUACUACUCAAAGCAAGAAAUCUAUUCCUUCCGCAGAACAAGGAGGUCAUAGAUCCUUAUGUCAAGGUUUACCUUGUUAUUGGUGGCAAGAGAGUGAAGAAGAAGAAGACUGCAGCAAGGAAGAGCUGCACAAACCCAGUUUGGAAUGAAGCUCUUGUAUUCAAUGUCCCUUCGCACAGCAUCGCUCAUUCCUGCAUCGAGGUGUGUCUGAUGGAUCAGGCUGACAUGGUAUCAAACAAAGGUCUACUGGGAAGUUGCGUUAUCGGACCACAUGAAGAAGGGCCUCCUCAGGACCACUGGCAUGACAUGACCCAGAGCCCGCGAAAAGCCGUUGCCAUGUGGCACUCAUUGCGAUAAAGUAAAAGCACCGACUAAUCAUGGUUCAUUCCAAACUAAACAGCUACAAUUAUUGGUACCGGUACACUGGUACUAUUAUACAGCAGUAUCAAUAUGAUAAGAGGAUCAUAUUAUUGUCGUCAAGACAUGAUGAAAAGUAAUCCUACUUAAAUAAUAUGCAUGACCAAACUAAAAAAAAUUGAAACGAGAGUCGGGUAAAAAUAUUUUGUUUUCAAAAUACGAUGUGCUUCUAGUCAUAAACAUUUUUUUUCAAAAAUGGUUUUGAGUAUUCUCAUUUUUUCAAAUUAUUUUGAAUAUUAGUUUAAGUAUCAAUGGGGAGGCAUAGGCCUAUGUGUUGAUUAAAAGAACAGUUUAGAGAUAGUUUAAACCCCAUAUUGAUCCGUACUGGAAUAUCAGAUUGUGUAUUUUAUCACAGACCUACAUUUUCAACAUUAUUCAAUAUCGUUUCUACUGUAUGUGAAUUGAAAUUCAUUUGAAUCAUUUUGAAAUAGGCUGUCAUUUGAUAUGAAAAGUUUGUGCACAUUUCUAUUGAAAUAUUUGAACUGAAAAACUCUGAAAGAUUUAUGUAACUUUUCAAGGACAAAUAAAAAAAUAGAUAUUCCAAUCAACAAUAAAAUCGACAUGCGUUCCUAAUAGCAAAGAUUGACCCAUUUAAAUGAGGCAAAGUCCUAACUCCGCCUAAUAAAGAAUUUUUUCAGUAAUACAGAUCAAGUCUCAUGAUGAAAAUCAAAACUUCAUUUAUUAUUAUUUUUUUUUAAAACUGUUGAAAAAUAUUAUCCAUUUCUUCACUUUCAAAAUCAUACAGUACCUUCACUGAAGAGAAAAAUUUCAAUUUGAUAAUCGAUGAAAGAUACAGUACCACACUAGCACACUAGAAACUUGAAUCCAUAUGGAGCAAUACUCGAAGUUUGGAAAAGUCAAUACAUUACUAAAAAAAUAACUUAUAAGAAUAAGAUAACCAUUAUUUUUAAUCACCAGAAACUAGUGUAUAAAGUAUGUAAAUUAUUCAUCAAUAGCAUUUAUCAAUAACGUAACAUUCUUAAUAAUUUGAAGCAACUUGAAACGCUUAAAAAUGUUAUGACUGACAAGUUAUUCAAAUGAAGCUUCGAUGUGAAUUAGAAUACCGGUACUCAAAAACCAUUAAACACAUCCUCACCUUUUCCUACUAACCUAAAGCCUACUGACCUGUAAUAAAAAAUGUGAGAUCAAUAAUAAGGUAUAUAUGGUGCCAGAUUUUUGAAGGUCUACUCCAAGAUUUAAUAACUGUCUAAUUCAGAUAAAUUAUAUUCUAUCAUGGGUUGUUCAAUCUUGUAUUAUUGUUUACAAGGGAAAUAGAGUAAGCAGCUAUUAGGAUUGGAUUGAGUGAUUGAAUUCAUGAUACCUAGUUAUUGUCAGGAAAUUCUUAAGACAUGGAAGCUUACGGCGAUCCUAAUCACAUCAAAAAUAUAAUCUUAAACAUAAAAUUAUUAAAUUUGAACCUUCAGAUGGAUAUCGUGUAGGUGUAGCCUAGGCUAUAUUUGAAUAAAUUUGAGAAUAAUGUAUGUUGUACCUGAUGAAACUAAUGACUAAACCUAUAUAUAUUAUGUAGGCAGACAUGAUUGAUUUGCUUAGUUACAAACUAGGUAUAGGCAUAAGAUGACCACAUAUGAAUGAAUUAAAGAGACUGAGGAUCACCUACAGCCAAUAGUAAGUGAGAUACGACAGUAGAGCUAGUAGAAACGGCAUUAAUUUAGCCAAGAAACUAUGCAAGCAUGAGAGCUAUCCUAAUUUUGAUUGACAUUAGCCUGCUCUCUACCACUAAUAUAAUAAUGAAUGUAUUGGAGACAUUAUUCACGAACUAUUUAUGAAAGUUGAUUAAAAAAUUACAACAGCAAACAAGCUCUAAACAUUUGUUCUCAAUCGAGUGAGUGAAACGUGUUACAGUAUAUUGUUCAUCGUCAUAGUGUCAUCACUAUGUGUUGUUAAUAUAAAUAUUUUUCAAAAUAAGCUGCUGCUUCUUUAUAAGCAAUUAUAAGUUGGAAGAGGUGUAAAGAAGUAAAUUAAGCUGAUAGUUAUUAAAUAGUUUAAUUUAAUGUUGGAAAUCAUGUUGGUAUAUAAGAGAAGUUUUUCAUAUUGAUGUGACGUUUAUGGUUGUCCUUGUCUUACCUUGUCUCACCCGCUUGAGUAAUAUGAAUAAAUGUUAAUGUUUUUUUUCAAUAAUUUCUUAGUGGAGUGUAUGUAUCAAUUGAUGUUUCAAUUCUCCAACAACAUCUCAUUAUUUUAGAUCAGAUCUGAGGUCGAUAUUGAAAGUACUGGGUACUGUGUUGAGAAUGAAUUGCAUAACAUUUUAAUAGAAAAAAUAUGUUGGAAAGAUACCAAUUUGUUAAUUAAAUAUCUGGAGAAAAUCUUCCAAAAAUAAAUAUUGAAAAAAAUAAUUAAGAAUGUUGAUAUAAUAAAUUAUAUACCGUAUAUUAAAAUUAAAUAUGAUAUUUAUAUAUUAUGUAACCGCAUGUCCAAAAUCAUCUAUAUGUCAAUUACUGUACUUGCCUAACAAAAGGUCUUAGAUGAACGUUAAGCAUGUUAAGCAUAGGUACUAUAUUUAUGUACGGUACCUUACUAUUUUAUGAAUGUUAAAUGUUUGAAAAUGGUUAUUUUUGAAAACGUUGCAUAAAGUUUACAAGAAAGUUAUACAAGAUGUAAUAGAAAUGAAUUUAGUUGAUCAGAAAAAUUGAAAAAUCAAAGUAGCGAAUAGAUUUGUAUUGUAAGAACAAAACUUACUUUAAGAUUAUAGUCAUGUGAAAAAGAUUGUAAUUAAUCGUUUUGUAUUAAACAUGAAGGUGCAUCAAGUUCAUUAAUGGAUGUAGAGUAGAUAUUUAUAUAUUGCUUGAUUACUUAACAAAUCGCUGUUUUAUCAUUUCAAAUUGUUGAAAAAUUUGAGUACCAUAAUAUACUUAGUACUAAAAUAUUGAUGUGUUGGUUGUAUUGUGUAGUGAUAAAAUUGUUCAAAUCAUGCUAAAAAACUCAUUGCAAAUGUAAAAAAAACAAAAAUUAUAUUUAGCUCCCUAACACCAGGAACUGAUGAAUAUAUAUAAUCAUAACUAUAUAAUUUAAUUCAUUGAUUUGGGUAUUUUCUCUGGCUCUAAUAAAAAAUAUGUUAGAUUAAUAUAUUAUUCUCCAUUAUAAGAUUCAAACACUAUUUCAAAUGACUUGAGCUACAGGAAAGAUUGAUUUUUGUGUCAAGUAAAUUCAAGACUGGUGAAAUUGAUUUUUAAAACAAUGACUCAAUUUUCAAAUGAUGAAUGGGUUGUUCUGGGAUGGUUACUACCUACUUAAUGUUCACCAGUAAGUUAUCUGGAUAAGAUACUUGUAAUUAUAUUAUUCUUUCAUGAAGGUGAAAUGAAAUAAUGCUCAUGAGUUGAGUACAUAGGAAUAUUUCUAUUUAGUGAGCUGAGAAUAAUCCACAUGGGCUAAAAUCUACAUAAAUUGCGAUUAAUUUCGAACCUUCACACACUGAAGAUAUCAUAAUUUUUUUGUUCAAUAUCCAUUGUUAUGAGAAUAUUAUCAAUAUAUUAUCAUUAUAUAA